AAACAGGUCCUUUUGGGUGAGACUGAGUGGCGAUCGGCUUGGAGCUGCUUGGAAGUGUACCAAUUCACAUUUUUUUUUGAUUUGUCUAUUGAGCUUCAACAGUUAACCAAUUCUUUAUCUUCGAGUGAGUCUCGCUGGACCCGAUGACUUCUUUUCAGUCCAGACCAUCAAAAGAAACAAUCAACUUGAUACGACUCAUUCAUCGGCUGGAGUCACAUUCUCAACGUAUUCUCAUGCCAUCCCUUCAAUCUCAUCGCGAUUCUAAGCCAAACGACGUGGAUCCAGAAAGAUGGUAUUGGGAGCUCAAGAGUCUUGAAACGACCGUCCGACACGCCAAAACAAUCCUUGACACCUUGGACUCAAACCCGACCACUUCUCAAACUAUCAGUCAAAUCGUGGCUCAAGAUCCCAGCACAUUGAAACACAGGCUCCGUGUCGUUCAAGAUCGCAUACAAGCUGCUUUACAGGAAUGCCCACCUCCUACGCCACCCUCCACUCCACCGUUUCGAUCAAGAAUCAAACCUCCAGAGCUACCUUCCCUACCCACAUGCCUACCCACUAGCCUUCCCCACCACUCUCCUUCGGACCUGUUAGAGCAGAUGGAAUCGGACAACCUUAUGAGUGAAAGCCCUGAACUCCCUCAGCUGCCACUCAAACAGGAAGUCAAUCCACGUCAAGCUCUUCUCGGGACCCCGGCGGGUGGGAACAAGACGACGGAAGCCAUCCUUCAACAGCAUCGAUCGAAUGAGGAUGAACUGUCACAUGAGCUAUCCGAAAUGGCUGCACAACUCAAGCGCAAUGCUCAUCACUUUGGCAAGCUAUUGGGUGAAGAUAGAAAUCUGAUAGAAAAUAAUGCGACCUUGCUUGAACGAAACCAUGAUCAAAUGAGACGAGAAGGGGGAAGGUUGGGAGAGGUGACGGUGAAGGGGAGACAGAUGACCUGGUUCACAAUCUUCGCCGUUGCGGGGGUGAUGAUAGCAUGGUUCAUGAUGUUCAUAAUUAUUCGAUUUUCCUGAGAGAGGCGAGCCGAGUACUCUCUCCUUCAUUCUUCUUCAAGCCCGAGGCGAGAUGGGCCGUGGAUCACAAAACCUUUAGCGAGAAGCCUACUCUUUCAGCGAUGGAAUGUAAAUAAUAUAAUGGAACAUGUAUACAACUAACUGCAAACCAGGUUUGGUUUGAGUGUUUGCUGAACUGCCUCUACAUACAUAGCUUGUCAACGAUGUGUCAAUUUAAAAAGAUGU